CGCCAUGGAGCCCUCACCCUCCUCUCCCGUCUCUCCCUUUCCGCGUCGGCGUACGGCCAUGGCGUGCACAGCCUGCCGCAAGCUGAAGGUAAAAGUGAGUUCGACCUAUUUCAUUGCAUCCAAUUUAAGCCGAUCCCAUCGAUGAUUUUCCGAAUUCCAGUGCCUGAAAAACGAAGAUCAGCCAAUGACGCCGUGCAAGCGAUGCAUACAGCGGGGAUUGUACUGCGAGUACCGGCCCGUGCUCGAAUACACUCUGCCCGGCAACGAAUCACAG